AGGGUACGUAGAAUUUGUAGUGAAGGGAAGCAAUGGAGAGGCCGCCAUCGAUGCCCAUCAGAAUUAUUAAAGACAACAAUGAGUCUGCCGUGGUUAUUCGGGUCAGGGAAAAUCUCAAUCAACUAUUGUUGGAUACUCCUGCCGUGGAGGCCGAAGGGCUUUCAAUCUACAAAAUACCACACUUCAUGAGACAAGUUCAGCCCAAAGCUUUAUUUGAGCCACAGUUGGUGUCGUUUGGGCCAUACCACCAUGGAGAAUCGCAUUUGUUUCGGAUGGAACUGGAAAAACGUAAAGCAUUUAAGAAUUUUCAAACCAGGUACGGAUUGCCCGUAGAGCCCAUAGUGGAACGUGUGUGGAGCAUGCUGGAAGAUGUGCAAGGAUGCUAUGAUGAGCUUGAGGGUGAAUGGAAAUUAGAAGAUGGAGCAGCCAAGUUCUUGCAGCUCAUGGUCCUGGAUGGUUGUUUCAUGCUGGAAGUCCUGUUGGCCGACAGUGGCGGCUGGCUAAGUAAUAUGAGGGAGGAUAUAGUGCGGGAUAUGCUGCUGCUUGAGAAUCAGUUGCCUAUGAAGCUUCUGGAGGAGCUGCAUUCCAUGGCAAACCAUUCCUAUUUAAAGAAUGUGAAAUCGCUUGUUUGCGAUUUCAUGGGCAUCCCCGACAAAGUGGAGGAUAAGCUAAAGGUAGAAUACUUGCACAUUUUGGAGAUGUAUAUGGAUACGUUAUUGCUUCCUAAGGUCGUGUCCCAGGGAAGACAAAAAGGCCGGAGCAAAGAGGCGGCCAAAGAACUGGACUCCGAGAUUCAAAUCAUUUGGCCUGCGACACGGCUUCAUGAAGCGGGGAUCAGAUUCAGGCGGAGCCAAAGCAAGAGCAUUACGGACGUGUGGUUCGACGAGAAAAGAGGUGUGUUGAAGCUGCCGAAAAUGGUAGUGGACGAUGACACCGAAUCAACUUUCCUAAAUGUGAUGGCGUUCGAGAAACUCCACAAGGAAGCUGGCAGCAAAGUCACGUGUUUCAUUCUCCUCAUGAACAAUCUGAUAGACGUGGACCAAGAUGUGGCGCUGCUGGCCUCCAAUAAGAUAAUACUGAAUGCCCUCGGGAACGAUCAAGACGCGGCGGAGUUGUUCGGUCGGCUGGCGCAAGGCGCGGCAUUGGAUUUAAAGUCGGACAGCCACAUAACUCAUGUGCAAGAGAUGGUGAUUGAGCAUUGCAAAAAGCGACGGCAUAAAUGGUGUGCAAGUCUCAAACACAACUAUUUUCAACACCCAUGGGCUAUCGUCUCCCUCAUUGCUGCUGCUUUGGGUUUCGUCAUCCUAAUUCUCCAGGCCGUCUACCAAAUAUGUGACUACUAUCGGGGCUAAGGUGCUGAAUGUCAUGGUCAUGCUUGUCCGGGCAUGUCGACUGUGGCCGCAUGCCCAUAACAACCUCUUUCCACGUACUUUUAUGUCAUGUAUUUAGUUUUGUUUGUUAUUUUCUUUUCCUUGUACUUUUGAUGGUGGGUGACUCUCACGAGCCAUUAAAUAUUUUCUUUGCAUUAUUAUAUUGUCGUUCACCUAAAAAAUCAAAUAGACAAUGUUACCAUGA